UAUUAUUAGUGAAGCCUUAGCUGUUUGUUGUAUCAUUAUUCAUCAUAAUCCAUGUUCUAUAUGUUAUUAUUAUUACUGCCACAUAGUUAUGGGCUUUUCAGAAAGCAUGGGCCGAUUUUCCAUAAUUGGACAUGGGCCCUCGUUAUGAGAUUAAAUGGGCCCCAUAUGCCAUAUGGGCCUUCUGGGCCCAAUCACUCCCCAGAUAGAUAGAUAAGAAUUUGAAAAUUAUUUAUUAUUUUGUAGUGAAUGUUUAAACUCAUUGGUCCUAUUGGCCACAUUUGUUGAUCUAACAUUGAUCAAAGGUAAGAAAAAUAAUUAAAAUGGUAAAAGGAGGAUAAGAUAUAUAAAAUAUAAAAAUGAAAAAAAAAAUAAGAAAGCAAAGAAAAAGAUAAAAGGGAGUGUAUAAUUAUCUAUAAUUGCAAUAAAAUUUAGAAAAAGAAAGAGCAAUUAUUGGAGGGAAAAAAGCAAAAAAAAAAAAAGAAAAAGAAAAGGAAAAAGUAAGGUUUAGUGAUGAUAAUCAGCUACAAUUCAGUAACCCAAAAAUUAAUCAUAUUAUUACUUAGCAAAAAGCAAAUUAAGCAAAGCACAAAUUCCAAAGGGUUGGGCAAUGAACGGUCAGGAUGUGUUGUCGACAGAAACCAACUGCCCUCGAUGAAAGCGACCCCAGCUUGUGUGUGACGUGGCAGUGGGACCCACCGAAAACUCUCUCAAAAGGCGGGAAGGGGAACUCUGUUCUGCUCUGCUCUGCUCUGCUCUGUUCUGUUCUGUUGUGUCGCUAAGGACUGCGAAUGGGGUCCUUCCCUUUGCACUCUCAACUUUCACUCUCUGUUUCAUACAAGCCUUUUUGUUUUUGAGCGUUUUUCUCUCUGUUUUCGCUGUUUUCCUUUAUUGGGUAUUCAUAAUUAAUCUCUCUCUCUCUUUGAACUUCUUUCUUCAAUCUUCUUCUUGUCGAUUUUAGGAAACUAUGAGUCAGGCGGGCUAGUUUGUUUGAUUGUCUGUAUUAAUGGAGUUUUGGAGUCCAUUUUUCCAUUUUGGUAUCUGAAACCUUCCAAUUUUCAUCGUAUUUUCUCUCCUUUUCGUUGUUUUUCUUUCUGGGUCUCUCGCUUUUUGUAGUUGGAACAAGCUAUAGAAAGUGCGAGUGUUGUUUAUUCAAUGGUGAGAGUAGCGGAUUCUCAUUUGACUGGUCUCUCAUUCCCAUAACGGAUCAAUUUCUCUAAUGUUCUGCUUCCUAUUUUUUAUUCUUUCGAGUCUUCCCACUGAAGAUUUUCCUCCUCUGUUUGAUGUUCCCUCGCAUUUUAACCAUCUCCUCCAAUGAAUCCAUGGCCACGUCUCCUUCAACUUGAGGAAUUUCCCCAAUAGCUUCGCCACCCAGUUUUGAGAUUCGAAUAUCUUUCUCAAAUGGGUCUGAGAAAUUUUAAUCGCAUAAAUAAGUAGGAAUUGAAUGAACCCUUGUUUGGAAUUGUUUUGGUUUUCAAAUGGGGAGGAAAAGAUAUAUCGUUAAGGUUAUGAUUCUAUUAUUGUUAAUGUUCUCUUUUCACCAUUUCUCCGACGCAAAAUGCCAGGAAAGAACAAGCAAUCACUUCGCUUCCUCAGGACCGCCAUUACCAACAACAUCAUCAACACCAACAAGCUCUCCACGGUUCAAAAAUGGCGUCCGAAGAAUCAUCUUCAGUGUUCUAUUAGGCGUAGUUACAGGUUUAAUGGGUUCCCUUCUUUUCGCUUGUUUAAUCCGCAGCUUUGUCCGAUACCUAAACAAAACCCCAAUUCUAAAAGGCCCUGUCAUAUUCUCUCCAAUAAUCGACCCCAAAACCCUCCAUCACGCCCUUAGAAACGAAAAUCAGCUUCUGGGGUCCAGUCCCCAUGGGAAGUACUACAGGACUGUUCUGGACAAUGGACUAACCAUCGCCGUGAAACGGCUCGAAGGGUCCGAGAACACGGCUGCGACCGCGGCGAGGAAGUCGGAGAAGAGGCAGACACAGCAGCAGCUUGAGAGGCUGGCUAGGCUUAGACAUAGGAAUCUGAUGAGCUUAAGGGCUUAUGUUGGGGAAGGGGAAGGAGUUUGGUUGGUUUAUGAUUAUGUGGGAACAGGAAGCCUUGAGGAUGUAAUGAAGAAAGUGAGGGAAAAUGAGUUGAGGUUGGGGUGGGAAAUCAGGCUUGGGAUUGCAGUUGGGGUUAUAAAGGGUCUUCAGUAUCUUCACUUUGAGUGUGAUCCUCAAAUUCUUCACUACAAUUUGAAGCCUUCAAAUGUUAUGUUGGAUGCUGAGUAUGAACCAAGGUUGGCUGAUUGUGGCUUGCACAAGUUAUUCUCUAACUUGCACGUGGCUGCUACUUCUGCCUAUACCUCCCCCGAGUGCUUUCAGGAUUGCAGUUUCAACAGGUAUAGCGAUAAGAGCGACAUCUUCAGCUUCGGGAUGAUUUUGGCUGUUCUACUAACAGGUAGAGAUCCCGCAGAUCCGUUCUUUGGAGAAGCUGCUAGUGGUGGAAGUUUAGGUCAAUGGCUACGACACUUACAGCUUGCCGGGGAGGCUCGAGAAGCGCUCGAUAAGAGUAUCAUAGGUGAAGAAGGGGAAGAAGAUGAAAUGCUAAUGGCUGUGAGGAUUGCUGUUGUGUGCUUAUCAGAGCAGCCAGUAGAUAGACCUUCAAGUGAUGAGUUGGUACACAUGCUAACCCAAUUGCACAGUUUCUGAAUACUCAGCCAAUUCAACCUCUCUACUUUACUUCCAUUAGGAUUUUUCAUUUUUUUGGAGGUUAAUUUGAUUUGAUAUGAUUUUUCUUUUUCUUUUUUUGGAAUCUGAAAAGAAGAAAGCUUAUUACUGUAAAGUGGUGUUUGACCUGUCUGUUGAUGAUGUAAAAGAAGCUUUUUUGUGCAAAGGAAAUUCCAUUUUGAGAGUA